CAGGGCAAACUGCAACCAAACGGAAGGAAGAAGGAUGGAAGACUGCUUGCUUUACUCCAUACUAUGAUGGCGGAGUGCUAAUAUAUGGCAGGCUUAGUGGAGCCAUGGUCCAUAAGACACAUGGCUCCUCAGGCACCUGCAACGAAUACCUAUCUACGUAUUAUAAUUCCUUUUCUUCUUUCGAUAUUCGCAAUUAUAUCACGGGGGUGGAUGAGAUGGAGGACGUCAAAAAGCAAAUUCGAUAUACAUAACUACAUUUUCAUCUACUUCAUGUUUUACUUCUAUGCAGCUCUAAGACAAUCUAGCCGCUUUUUUAAAUAGUCACAUCUUUUAUACAAAGCCACCGCCAACAAAUAGUACUUGGCCAACGCAAUAAGAUGAGCUGUGCUU